AUGUCUAACCUUCCUCACGAGCCCGAGUUCGAGCAGGCCUACAAGGAGCUUGCCUCGACCCUUGAGAACUCCACCCUCUUCCAGAAGAACCCCGAAUACCGCAAGGCUCUCGCCGUCGUCUCCGUCCCCGAGCGUGUCAUCCAGUUCCGUGUCGUCUGGGAGGAUGACGCCGGCAACGUCCAGGUCAACCGCGGUUUCCGUGUCCAGUUCAACAGCGCCCUCGGUCCCUACAAGGGUGGUCUCCGUUUCCACCCCUCCGUCAACUUGUCCAUCCUCAAGUUCCUUGGUUUCGAGCAGAUCUUCAAGAAUGCUCUCACUGGCCUGAACAUGGGUGGUGGUAAGGGUGGUUCCGACUUCGACCCCAAGGGCAAGUCCGACAACGAGAUCCGUCGCUUCUGUGUUUCCUUCAUGACCGAGCUCUGCAAGCACAUCGGUGCCGACACUGACGUUCCCGCUGGUGACAUUGGUGUCACCGGUCGUGAGGUCGGUUUCCUCUUCGGCCAGUACCGCAAGAUCCGCAACCAGUGGGAGGGUGUUCUCACCGGUAAGGGUGGCAGCUGGGGUGGUUCCCUCAUCCGCCCUGAGGCCACCGGUUACGGUGUUGUCUACUACGUCGAGCACAUGAUUGCUCACGCCACCAACGGCCAGGAGUCCUUCAAGGGCAAGCGCGUUGCCAUCUCCGGUUCCGGUAACGUUGCCCAGUACGCCGCCCUCAAGGUCAUCGAGCUUGGCGGUUCCGUCGUCUCCCUGAGCGACAGCCAGGGCUCCCUCAUCAUCAACGGCGAGGGUAGCUUCACCCCCGAGGAGAUCGAGCUCAUUGCUCAGACCAAGGUUGAGCGCAAGCAGCUCGCCAGCAUCGUCGGUGCUGCUCCCUUCAGCGACGCCAACAAGUUCAAGUACAUUGCCGGUGCCCGCCCCUGGGUUCACGUCGGCAAGGUCGAUGUCGCUCUCCCCUCCGCCACCCAGAACGAGGUUUCCGGCGAGGAGGCCCAGGUCCUCAUCAACGCUGGCUGCAAGUUCAUCGCCGAGGGUUCCAACAUGGGUUGCACCCAGGAGGCCAUCGACACCUUCGAGGCCCACCGUACCGCCAACUCUGGCGCUGCUGCCAUCUGGUACGCCCCCGGUAAGGCCGCCAACGCCGGUGGUGUCGCUGUCUCCGGUCUGGAGAUGGCUCAGAACUCUGCCCGCCUCAGCUGGACUUCUGAGGAGGUUGAUGCCCGUCUCAAGGACAUCAUGCGCGACUGCUUCAAGAACGGUCUCGAGACUGCUCAGGAGUACGCCACCCCCGCCGAGGGUGUCCUGCCUUCCCUGGUGACCGGAUCCAACAUUGCCGGUUUCACCAAGGUGGCUGCCGCCAUGAAGGACCAGGGUGACUGGUGGUAA